AACAUGGAUAUUCUCUCAUACAUUUGUGACAAAAAAAACAAAUACAUUUCAUUUAAAAAAUAAUACAUUUAUGAAAGAGAAUAUAUAUAUUAAACGGAUAAAAAGUCACACAUUUACAGGGAAAGGCUUGGGAAAACAGUGUUAAUUUUUUCAUAAGAUUAUAUUUAAUAUAAUUAAACACACAUGUUGCUACUUUCAGCCUUCACGUGCUGAUUUUGAAGGAACUCAUCAACAUUUGAGUUUUUAUCCAAUCAGAUCUCCACCCUGUGUUGUUGCUAGGUAAAAUAUCCCCUCUUAACCAAUCGGCUUCGAGGUUGCCAUGAUGGGCGUAACCAUUGACACGCCGGAGCCAAUGGCUGACCGAGCAGCCUGCGUGAUUAUUCUUCGGUGUGGCGUGAUCAGCGCGUGAUCAGAACGGCAGUUAAUUCAGGUUAAACUGGUUAGCUGUUAGCACAUGAUUAGCUUAAACAAAGUUCACGGUUUUAUAAUUAUUUAAACUUUUUUUCAAGACGUUUUAAAUGUAGUUUAGAGACUGUGUAGCUUUCUGUUCGUUUUAAUGCGCAAUGCCCGAAGAAACUGAUCAAAAUGUGCAGCUUUUAUUGUGUCCUUGAACUAUUUUAAACGGCAGAAAAUGGAUAAGGACUUUUCCCUUUUCGAACGGAUCUUUGUCUGACAGUCAUGGCGUCUGCUCCUCACAACUUCUCCUGGGUGGAUCAGGAUAAAGUGGCCGGCCUGGCGCUGCCCAGGAUGCCAGGUGAGUACCGCUACCUGCUGGAGAACAACAUCAAACACCUGGUGUGUCUGUGUGAGACGAAACCCCCGAACCACGACACCUGUCCGGAGCUGCAGCUGCACCACAUCAAGAUCCAGGACUUCACUCCUCCGUCUCCCGCUCAGAUCGACAGAUUCCUCUCCAUCGUGGAGGAGGCCAACGCCAAGGGGGAGGGCGUGGCGGUGCACUGCAUGCACGGCCACGGGAGGACGGGCACGAUGCUCGCCUGCUACCUGGUGAAGACCCGGAAGAUGUCGGGCAUCGACGCCAUCAACGAGAUCCGGAGAUUAAGAAGUGGAUCAAUCGAGACCAACGAGCAGGAGAAAGCUGUGGUGCAGUUUUACCAACGCACAAAGUAGAUCAAUACACCACGUAACAGGUAGCAAAGGUGAGACACUACAGGUGAAGAGACAUUAAACCAAACGGAUAUCACAAUCAAACUUCCCCACUCUUCUGACUUAAAUAUGCUAAUGAGGCAUUAAGUCAUGCUAACGUUUGGUGAAUGUGACCUGCUCUCAUUCUCAUCGACCGCAAAACACAUUGUUACACACAGUGUUUAAAAGAGGAGAUUCUCAGCUUUCCCACGGUGUCCUUACUGUUGUUGUCCUUCAAAGUUAGCUGACUUUGUUUUUAGCCAUAGUUAUUUAAAAAGGGGGCUCAAGGCUUAAUAUUUUGGGGGCAUAGCACCAACACUAGAUCAGAGAUAUACUUUUUAAUAUGAUAUAAAACAGAUAAAUAAGGAAACAUGCGGGCUUUAAGAGGUGACAUUUCUGCAUUAUAAUUAAAUAUUACUUUUGAAACUAUUAUCAAAAUAAUUUUAAAGUUGAUUUUCAAAGGAGACGGUGAUCGCUGAAGUUGUCAUACUGUCUUUACAAGCUUAAAACACGUAUUUUUCUUCUGAACAUGGCGAUAAAAGUUCCAUAUUCUGAAAGCUAAGACUUUUCAUGUGUAAAAUCGACCAAAACACGAGUUUUUGACAUCAUUUCAAGAUGAUCUAUUAAUGCGACAUCCGACUGAUAUCGAUAGAGCGGGUCACAAACAGAAAAAGUUAGGUGAAUAAACUCCUGAAUGUUCUAGUCUCAAAGAAGACGUUAUAGAUGCAAUAGUCAAAAACCUGUAGUGUCUCGCCUUAAUAAUCAUUAAAAAGUGCAAUAAGUGCCUGAAUCAUUUUACUAAAUAAAGACUUUAUUAUCUAAGAAUAAGACAAUACAGGAAUACAGUUUAAACAGGUGAUAACAAUUCAGCAAUAUUACACCCAGCAGCUAAUACAAACAUUUCUACAGUAAAUAUUAUAGGGUGUUAUAAUUGUCUCUUAGCUCAUCACGUUAGGACUGUUCUGUUUCUGGUGAGGUUUCUGUUUACAUUCUGAAACCUUGGUUUACGCGCUGGAGGCCAGAGAGAAGAGCCGCUGGCGCUCCUUAAAGGUGAGCUGCUCCGGAGCCGGCGCUCGCUUCACUUCCUCCUGGUUCCUGAGAGUAAACAGAAAUAUAUCAGAGGGGAAUACUUGAAUUUAUUUAUGGGGAGUCACGUCAUGCAAGGGGACACAAACGGGAGCCUGUACUGUCUUUAAAAUAUACUUAUAGUUCGUGUUUUACUCAGGGAUCAAGAUUAAAACGCUAUAAUGUCUACGGAAAAGUAGAUUAGACUGAAUUUAGGAGUUUGGUGUGAGAUUAGUUUCAUUUUACAUUAAUCUGAUGGUUAUUUUCCGCAUUGAAUGUCUAUGAAAUGGUAAAGAAGUCCAGUUCAGUUUCUCAAAUGCCUUGUUUUGUCAAUAUAUUCAUUUAAAUAUGACGUUAAAGCUUAAAAAUGAAGCAAAUCUUAAUAUUUAAGAGGCUCAAAAUGACAUUGUAUGACAUUUCUGCAUGAAAAUGUACUCUUUAAACUAUUAUCAAAAUAGUUUUUGAUGUGAUAUAACUUGUGCUUGAGUAGAAAUUCUGCAUUAACUGUUAGCUUUCAUUAAAUGCCAAAAAAGUUUAAACUCACUGUUUCGCUGCCACGUUGUCAACGUCUCGACUCGAUGCGUUCUUUAGUUCUGCAAAAAAGCAUUAAAAUGUUGCACUGUACGAUAAAGCCUUGAUAAAACUCUUCUGAAUAAAUUAAAUGAAUAUUUA